UGUCACUCGGCGAGUCCGGAGACUUGUCGGUUCCCUGAGUUCUUACAAGGUGGAUCCACAUAUGGCACGAUCAAACCAUGGAACACUCAGAUGUGGUGGCUUCACAUACGGCAUGUGCCCAAGUUGGCGGAGAAACAGGAUAUUUUUGUACAGGGCAACCACAUGUGGCGGUACCGUGAGCUGAACUUCCAGACGUGCGAGAGGUCACCGAGGCGCGUGUCCCACAAGUCCAGCUUUGGUCAGUGCUCAGACCGUCAGCAUGUGUACAACAGGACGUGCAUCAGCGAGGAGAAGAACAACGCGUACCGGGUCAUUCAGUACAACUCUGAUGGAACGCACCGUUUUACCUGCAUGAAAUUCAUCAAUAGGAGUGAAAACGUUGUACAGGUUUAUGAAGGUCCCCUGAGUGACCUCAACGACAAGGACCUGUGUGACGAGGUGGGCUUUCACCUGCAGGAGUGGCCGUGGACAGGGCCCUGGAUCGACAAGCCCACCUUCUGCCCCGUGAGUGGGGGCUUCAGCUUCAGGACCAUCCGGAGACUCACCAACGAGGACUUCUGUGAAAAUGAGUGGCGCAGAUCUUUUCUGGAGAUCGAGUGUAUGAAGGGUGACGGCAUGGACUUCAUCGCACCAACCAACAGCAACUGUAACCCGUUUCUUAAAGCUGGAGACUGGAAACGGUUGACCUGUUGGGCAGGAUGGGAGUCAGGACCUUUUAUCUUCAUCAUUGCGUCAGAUUUUGGGAGUCAGCCUCGCUACUGUCUGCGUUUCCCAAAAGCUCAAGAUGGAGAGUUUACCGUACUGGUCUAUUUUAGCGUUAUUUGUCCCAACGACCCUGACGGCAAACCUCACCACGGCAUUGAGUAUUACGAGCUAAGGAUGUACAGGAAAGAUCCCCGCGUGUGCAAGGACGACGACCUUGACGAGUGUCGAAAGGUCAUCACCUCCACGGACAUGUGUAUCAAGGACACGGUGUACGCGCCACAUUGUCCUUACACGUGUGGCAAGUGUGCGGCGACGACCACAGCCAACGUCAAUGGCAGAAGGUGUUGGCUGGAGCCGGCCAUCUUUGGCGAGUGGAAACUCUACGACACCGCCGUCACCGCUGACGUCAUGAUUGACAAGGAAAAGGCCGUGUUCUCACACCUGGGGACCUUCCAGUGUCUGGACAUGGACCAGAAGGGGCAGAGAUACAAAAUGGUCACCCUUUUCGAAAACGGAUGCUCACAUAGGUACACGUGCAUGGAGUUUAACCGUAGAAAUAACAACAUCCUUCAGUACAGGAUUGGCCCAAGUGAGAGAACGGAAAUAAAAAUGGAAGACUUGUGCAGUUUUCGUGACGAUCCUCACCCUUUAACUGAUAUGUUUCGAAGUUAUUACUUUAAAAAUCUUAUUUUAUCGAAAAACCUCUGGCCUUCGUACUGCGGGUUCAAUAACCUGGUGCCUUUUAACGGAACCAUCAACGAGAGGCAGUGCUACGGGAACGUCUCGGACUGGGACGAGACAACCUGCUCCACCGUAGGGACCAUCACAUUCAGGUCCGACUCUUGUAAGGAGUUGUUACUUCCCUUGGAGUUUCGUUGUUUGGCGUUCAUCCAUGACGAGGCGGUUCCGCUUCAGCAGCUUUUGAUCACCAGCAGUUUAGACGGGAGAAGUCAGUAUCACUGUUGGAUCAUCACGAGCUACAUGGCGGGCGGCCAUUGGCCCUGGAGGAUGUUGCAUCAGAUGCCCACCCCCCAGUGCUCACUUCUCAUGGAGGUCGACUUCAGCUCCAAAUCUUCAGCCAUAUCAAAGCUUUACCUCGAUGACCGGAGCAGGAAGAAAAGGUGCCAUCUUGAUAAGGAGCUCAAAGGCUCACAGAGCGACGUUACCAAGUCUACUUCGACUAACGUACGGUACAGCAUCCCCAACCAGGAGGAUACCGCGCAGGCGGAAACAGACCCUCAUCUAAAGACGAAAGAACCCAAAGAAACCCAGUCCCACCCGCCCAGCAAAGACUCGUACCACACCGAUCCCCCAAUUUGGGGUCUACACAACUGUGGGGUCAGACUUUUCAAUGCCCACGCCUAUGACGUAAUAUUUUUCCUAGCGUGCUCCGCGAGUUCUUUAAUUUUCCUGGAUAUCGUCAGCUGAUUUUAGUUCACGUCUGCUUGAAG